UUUCUCUUGGCUUCACUCGUCUUCCAAUCCUUCUUCCUCCUCCCUCCUCUCCUCUCCUCUCCUGCAGCAGCGCCCACCGCCAUCGGAGCCUCGCCCUCGCGCGGCCAUGCUUGGUCUGAGGGGAGCCAGGGCGGCGCAGCUCCCGUACGCUUCCGCCGCCGUCGCUCCCACCCCCACGCCCUCGUUUUCCGGCUUCGCGCGCCGCCUCCCGCUCCUCGCCUCCGCGGCCCUCUCGCCUCUGCCGCCCUCCUUCUCCUUCUCCUCCGCUUCCGCCGUCAGGAGGGAUAGGGACCCUCCCAUGCGUCCCGUCUCCGGCGCCCUCUCCAGGUCCAGGCCAACCACCAGGGUUUUCUGCUCUGCGGCUGCUACUGCUCCCAGGGAGGGCAAGGAGUUGCUUGUCCAGCAUCUGCUCGUCGGCGAACAGGAUGUCAGGCUUUUGGUCGAUCUUGAAAAGAACAUCAUUACAGGAGGUGCAGACUUGAGCGAUUUAGCUGUCGAGUACUCUUUAUGCCCAUCGAAAGAAAAUGGUGGAAUGCUGGGGUGGGUUCGAAGAGGACAGAUGGUUCCAGAAUUUGAGGAAGCAGCUUUCGGUGCUCCUUUGAACAAGGUUGUACGGUGUAAGACAAAAUUUGGAUGGCAUUUGUUGCAAGUGCUUGCUGAGAGAGAACAAUGCGUAGUGGAAGACAUUCCACCAGAGGAGCUUCAUGCAAAAAUGCAAGAUCCUAACUUUCUUGAAGAAGCUCAGUUGAUUGAUGUUCGGGAGCCUGAUGAAGUAGAUAAAGCUUCUCUUGAAGGGUUUAAAGUUCUACCUCUUCGACAGUUUGGAACUUGGGGACCAGUUAUGACAGAUGAAUUUGAUCCUCAGAAGGACACUUAUGUUCUGUGCCACCAUGGUAUGCGCUCAAUGCAGGUAGCUAAAUGGCUGCAAUCACAGGGGUUCAGAAAAGUUUACAAUGUUGCGGGUGGGAUUCACGCUUAUGCCGUUAAAGCCGAUUCUUCCAUCCCAACUUACUAGACAUCUCCAUGAUCACCAAUGCAACGUCAGAGCCUUUUCUACGUGUUCGUUUUUCAGGCCAAACCAAAAGCAUGCUUAGUAUAGAAUGAUAGGAUUUUCCACGAUGAUUUUGUACGGAAUAUCGGUACCAGAAAUUCAGAGUUAAGUUUUGUCGUUCUCAUGCUGCUGUCAUGUACUAGCAGUUCUCUUGAAAUUUUAUAUGGAGGAUAUAUCACUUUUAUUAGUUUGAAUACAAGGGAAAUACCUGGGAGGAACUUGUGGGACU